ACAAAAGCGGUUUACCUCAUCACGCAUUAACAAUUAAAGUUUCCCUUCCGUAGAAGAUAACCAGCUCCUUUGAAGUUUCAUUGGCUAGCUGCUGAAGGAGAAGCAAUUGGGAUGCAUCAAAUUAUCGUUAUUUUAUCUUUUGGUUUAUGAUGGAUUCCUUUCCGAAUCUUCGCCGAAGGUCAUAAUGGCGGCUGAUCCGUAAUACAUCUAGCAUGGCGGGGUCUAAAUCACCACUCGCGUUCCCUUCUCUUCAAAAGUACACAAGGAAGCGACAAUUAUUCGCCAAAAAUGGAUUUUACCUCGCUAUAAAUUCGACGGGAGAGGUCACGGGAACAAGCGACGGCAGUUGUUUAUACGGUAAGAAAACAGGAAAUUUGGGACUUGCAUAAUUACGUUCCAUAUUGUUUAUAGUGUUUCUAAGAUAUUUUUGGUAACAAAUAUUGCAUUUUCUUUUUAAAACGUUGAUUAAGCCUAGUCGUGUCGUCGCUUUUUUAGGCAUGUUACCACAUCUACAACCACAGUCGGUACCGAUUAAAAUAUUUCCAAAACGAAAAAAGGUGUAUGAUUUUAAUAUUUCAACUGCCCAUAGUCUUCAGUUUCUCUUUGGCGUCAACAGCAAAAAAUCAAAACAAAUUAGGCAGGCGUUUUUCAGUCUCUAGAGUUUUCAAUCUCUCAGAGUUUCAACAACGCUGAAGAUGCUCUCCGAUUUAACGUCUUUAACAAUAAUUAUACGAGCUUGCUAAAAAUACCGUGUGAUAAAAGCAAGAGCAUGUAAAUUUAGAGCCAACUUAACUUUGUAUAAAAGCCCAAAAUCUUGACUCUUGCAAUCAGACAUGGGAGAGACCCUUACGAAUUCAGUAAUAUAGAUUUGCAAAUUUAUUUCACAUGUUAUGUGGCUUUCGGUUGAUGUUGAUUACUUGGGGAUCUACUUUGCCCUUGUUUAGGUUAGAGAUAUAUAUCCUCCCAGAUCCAAAAAAAGGAAUGUAACCAUAUUUUUUGCUGUUUAUUUAACUACGCAAAUGGUGUUUGUGAACACAAAAUAGUUUACUUUGAUACCCAUUCUUACAUUUCAGCCGUCUUACAGUUUCUUUCUGUUGGUCCAGAUCUCAUUGCAAUCAGGGGACUUGAGGCCAAAAAAUACUUAGCAGUAGACAGCGAAGGAAAAAUAUUUACUACGGUGAGAUUAUUGAGUUUAUAUUUUAAUAGAAUCGAAUAGACCAUUUUACAGUUGUGGGCUUAGUGCCCUAGCCUUUGACUGGACACGAGGCUGAGGUUGACCUUGUUUUCAUACAAGCCUCUUUCCUUUUCUUAUAGAAAUUUUGCUGGAAAAAUACUAUUUAUUAUAAGAACAACAUGAUUUACAUAAUAAAGCAGGAAGCAGGAGGGGUUGUAUCAAAAAAGGUCAACUCCAUCCUAGUUUUCUCAUGUAUCUGUAAAAUGGGAUAUUAUCCCUCGCCUUUUCAGUUUGUGUAUUUCCCCAACUCUGGGGGUCCUGAGUACAGGACAAAUUAUUUCCUUCUUCAACUUUGAUAGGUUAUCUUUGAAGACCCUUAAGCCUGCCCUAUAUGGCAUGAAUAACUUUAUUAUAGCUUCAGUUAGAAGAGGAAAAGUAUCUACCCGCAAGUAGCAGCUGCUUUUCGAAGCGGGUAGUUAGAACAAGAUAUAUGGUACCAAACAAAAGAGAUAAAAUAAAGUUACACUUACAUACUGUGCCACUUACGAGCCAACUUACGCGCGUCCGACCUCAUCGAACGAAUUCAGUUCGUCAAUACCCACUUCCACAUAAUUUAAUACAUGAAAAAAAUAACAUCCUUCCUUGAACAUAAGUUCACGACGAGACGCUGUGUUAUCAUAAAGAUCGCGCUUUCAUUAACUUUUGAUCCUGAAAAGGGAUUUGUCCGGCACAGAUUUGAGCUCAUAUUCAGCCUCUAGAAAUAUGAGCAACAUUUCAGAAUCAUUAAUUACUGAACCAUCAGUUCAAACCAUGACAUCAAUUUAAUAUAUCUUGUUAAAAGCUGGUUUUCACUAGCGACGGAGUCGGAGUCUUAGUUGUAAUCACAAGCGUGGAAUUUUACGGUCUAAAGAAAACAGCGUUCUGAUUCCGCUUACGAAUCCUUCGUUUAUGAUCAAGUGAAAACUAGGUUGUCGGAGUCGCAAGCAGAAGCGGAAGAACUAAGCCAAUCACAACGCGUACGCCGGGAACGUGCAUUGUGAUUGGUUUAUCCUUCCUCUUCUGCUUUCGACUCCGACAAUCUGGUUUUCAAUGAAUCGUAAACGACAGAGUCAGAAGUGGAGUCUGAAGAAAAGGGAAACGCUCCAAUUCUUCCGACUCUGAUUCCAUCUCGCUUAUGACUCAGCUUAUUACGAUUUUUGAUAUUCACAAGGUCAUAAGCACUCGUACGACUCAACUUACGAUUCCAUAGUGAAAACUAGUCUUACUUAACAUAUUAUGUUUGAUUUACAUCCCAAGGACGCUGAAAGGAAAGAAUGUGUAUUCCGUGAGUUUUUUGGUAAGAACUUUUACAACAUUUUCCGCACAUGUCAUUCAGACACCGAUGGUAAAGGAUGGUACUUGUCGAUAGAUGAACACGGAAAAGUGAGUGCUGUGAAAGUGGCUUAUAGCGACGACCCUCGACUUCACUUUAUCGUAAAAACAGUUACGGACUGUAAAGAUGCGGAUAAAGGAAAUAAGCGCACAUCUAAUACAACAAAUAACAGCAGUCAUACAAGGCAGGACAAGAAAACCAGGAAGGACUUUGGACUUCCUUCGUCCGAAGUCGUGUGGAUCAUGUAUCCCUGCCAGCUUGACGACGGCGUGUCAGAUUUCGUGUCAAGUACGCCCAGCCCCCCGAGUUCCUCGUGCGUUUCUGGCAGUUCGGCAUCCACUGGGGAGUGGACUGGGUCUGGUGAUAAUGCCUCAACCUCAGUCUAAACACUCAGAGCAAUUCAACAAAAAU